CCGUGUGAUCUGCGCAUGCGCAAAGUAAUUCAACCCUCAAACCCGGAUGUAACCAACGCCUAACCUGACGGUGGAAAAACGAUGCAGACUAUAAAAUGUGUAGUGGUGGGAGAUGGUGCGGUAGGAAAGACCUGCUUACUGAUCUCCUACACAACCAACAAGUUCCCCUCAGAAUAUGUGCCUACGGUUUUUGACAACUAUGCAGUGACAGUGAUGAUCGGAGGAGAGCCCUAUACGCUGGGCCUCUUUGAUACCGCAGGUCAGGAGGAUUAUGACAGGCUGCGUCCUCUCAGCUACCCACAAACAGAUGUCUUCCUCGUAUGUUUCUCCGUGGUCUCACCCUCGUCCUUUGAAAACGUCAGAGAGAAGUGGGUUCCUGAGAUCUCUCACCACUGUCCGAGGACCCCCUUCCUGCUGGUGGGCACACAGGUGGAUCUGCGAGACGACAGCAACACGGUGGAGAAGCUGGCGAAGAACAAGCAGCGGCCCAUUUUCCCCGAAAGCGGGGACAAGCUGUCCCGUGACCUCCGAGCUGUCAAAUACGUGGAGUGCUCAGCCCUCACACAGCGAGGGCUUAAGAAUGUGUUUGACGAGGCCAUCCUGGCAGCCCUGGAGCCCCCCGAGCCCAAACACAAGAAGAGGUGUGUCCUGCUAUAGAGGAGCAACCGCAGCGAGGGAUCGACUGGUGUCAGAGCUUGAUGGAGUGAUUCAAAUCAUCACAAAGAUCAACGGCCAUUUUGGGAGGAAAAAAAAAAAAAGGUCAGCCAAAGGGCGAGGGAGGAAAAAUACCAUUGAGAUGUAUUCUGGUGCAGUGAUACA